GCUGGUUUGUCCAAAUUCUUCUCUUUCUUUUCGACCAAUUUUUGUUUUCUUCCUUCGAUGGCUGCACUAAGCUUUUGCAGCUCGUCUCCUCCUCGAAUUCUUCUUCAAAAACAACCUAAACCGAGCCUUUUCCCUCCGGAUUUCACCAUUUACUUCGGACAAUUAUAUGCGAAACCCAUCUCUCUAUCCAGACGAUUCCGUGGCGCCUUUAUCGUCACCGCAGCAGUUUCCGAUUCCUCCGGAAACGAGAAGCCAUCUUCGCCGGCGAAGAAGCUAAGAGAGAUUUUACAAUCGCCUGGUGUUCUUCAGGGUCCCUGUUGCUUCGAUGCUCUUAGUGCCAAACUCGUCGAGCGAGCUGGCUUUCCUUACUGUCUCACCUCUGGGUUCUCGAUUUCAGCAGCUCGUAUUGGUUUACCGGAUAAAGGACUCAUUUCUUAUGGAGAAAUGGUCGAUCAAGGUCAACAAAUCACUCAAUCUGUAUCAAUUCCAGUGAUUGGAGACGGUGGCAAUGGGUUCGGUAAUGCGAUGAAUGUUAAGAGAACCGUCAAGGGAUAUAUCAAAGCUGGUUUUGCGGGAAUUAUCAUCAAUGAUCAGGUUUAUUAUAGAGACGAUAUUACGCGUGAGAAAAGAGUGGUUUCUAGAGAGGAAGCAGUGAUGCGUAUUAAAGCUGCGGUAGAUGCACGUAGAGAGUGUGAUUCAGACAUUAUCAUUUUAGCUCAAACUGAUUCCCGAGAAGCGGUUUCUCUGGAUGAAUCGCUCAUUAGGGCUAGAGCCUUUACAGAUGCUGGAGCUGAUGUUCUCUCCAUUGAUUCUCUUGCUUCUAGAGAAGAGAUGAAAUCAUUCUGCAAUGUCUAUCCACUAGUUCCUAAAUUGGCUAAUAUGCUUGAAAGUGGUGGGAAAAUUCCGAUACUAAACCCACUUGAGCUAGAAGAGAUUGGAUAUAAGCUAGUUGCAUAUCCAAUUUCCUUGAUUGGUGUAUCGAUUCAAGCAAUGCAGGAUGCUCUAUUGGCGAUUAAGGGAGGUCGAAUUCCUCCACCAGGAAGCAUGCCGUCUUUAGAAGAAAUCGAAGAAAUUCUUGGUUCUGACACAUACCAUGAGGAAGAGAAGCGGUAUGCUACCUCCUCAUCAGAGAGAGCAACGAACAGAAGUAGCCUCUAUGGUAACCAACGAGUGGCUCAAGAUGAUCCAGAACAGAGAGAGGACCCAGUUGUUGAAGUCAUAACACCUGAGGUUGUUUAUAGUGAAUCAAGAAACCCAUUUUCAAGAAUCUGGUCACGAUCUCUCAGGAUCAAAAUCAUUGGACGUGAUGGGUUUGAGAAGCUCGAUGUCAGAAUUCCUGCCGGAUUCUUGGAAGGUGUCACCAACAUUGUUCCAGCUUUAGGAGGCGUGAACCUGAAGCAAUUGCUGGAUGAUGCAGCCGAUGAAGUCGGAGGGAAACUUCUGUUAGACUUUAAAGACACUGGAGGUGAUAGAAUCCAAGUCUUUUUGGAAUGACACACAAUGAAGAAAACGUAAAUACACUCAAACAAAAAUGUUAAAAGAGAGAAUGAAAUGAUUUAUUUGUUCCGUGUAUGGAAAAUGUUAUACAAA